UCUCUUCAAUGUUCUCUCUCUCUCUCUCUCUCUCUCACAAAAUAGCAAGUUAGCAACUACAAGCUCUUCCAUGGAGUUUAGAAUUUACUAAACUCUUCCAAAUUUAGCUGUCUGCCUCAACCCCCAUAAUGCCACACUAUACCUACUAUCUACUUUUACACUGGUAAAGUGAACACACACUCUCUCUCUGUCUGUCUCUCUUUUGGGCAACUUUUGGUUUUCCUUUCUUUCAGCUGCUGAAUAGUUUUUCCAUCAAGUACCUGAAACUCUGUUUUUGGCUCCUGUUUUCCACUCAUUCAGUCUUUGCUUUAUACAUUGAACAUGUUCAGCUUUUUUACUUGUUCCUUCAAUUGUCUUGAUUGAAUUCACGUGGGGGUUCAGGCUUCAGACAUUUUUUGCAGAUGGGUUAUAUUUUUCUUGUUACGGUCCUGAUGGGUUUUCCUUUUUGCUCUGUUUGGUUUCCCAGAAACUGAUUUUCCAACGAAUUUGGAGCUUCAAGGAGGAAACGUUCUGCAGUUUCUUUUCUUUUUUACUUCGUCUAAAGAUGGGCUUUUUGUGGUUUGUGUACAGAGUUAAAUAUGAUUCUCCAGUAAUGACCUAUAUAUAGCUUUGAGCUCAUUGAGCUGUUGGAACUAUAAACAAUCAGCUUGAUCCUUGGCUACAAGUGCCUGAUAGUUUUCCCCAUGAAUUGAAGGGGGCUUUAGUUGUGAUCCUUUUACUUGUAAUGGAGUCUUGGAGCCGUAUUUCUGAAGGGAAGGGGUUUGUUUCCGAAGAAACAAUUUCACACACUGAUUCAUUAUCUAGAAGUAGAAAUACUUUGAUGGGUUGGGAAUUGAAAAUCCCCUGUACUUUUGGCAGCAAUGUUUUAGUGUCAGGCAAGCAAGCUAUUGAAAGUCAAGGUUUUGGGGAGUUGGGUUUUUCAGAAAUGAUGGGCAAACAUUUCUCAAAUAAUCCAAUUAGAGAUGUAUUGAGUGGCAAGGUUUAUGGUGAAAGAAGUACUAAUACAACAAGUAUGGCUACCCCAAAUUUAUUUUCAGGAGAAGAUGAAUCAUCUUCAAAGCUUUCAAGCUCUAUUGUGGACUCUAACAGUAAGGAUUCUUCACUCAUUGAUUUAAAACUAGGGAGGUUGGCUGAUAACAGAGAUUUCCAUGAUUCUAAAUUUUCUAAAGGACAUCCCAUAUUGUCUUCAUCCGAAUCAUCGACACCUCCAAAGCGAAUGCGGGUGUCAGGAUUGUAUUCUCAGACCGUCUACUGUCAGGUUUAUGGUUGCAACAAGGAUCUCAGCUCCUCUAAGGACUACCACAAGAGGCAUAAAGUUUGUGAGGCUCACUCAAAGACGGCCAAAGUUAUUGUGAAUGGCAGAGAACAGAGGUUUUGUCAGCAAUGUAGUAGGUUUCAUUUGCUGGCCGAGUUUGAUGAUGGUAAGCGUAGCUGUCGUAAACGCCUUGCAGGACACAAUGAGCGUCGGAGAAAGCCUCAAGUGGGGAUUCACUCUGGAAGAGCUGAUAGGUUGCUUCAGUCGUAUAAUGGCAGCAGAUUUCAGGAUAAUAUGUUAACAACUGCAUCUUUUAUCUGCCAAGAGAUACUCCCCAGUGGAAUUUUGGAUGCUGAAAAUUAUGGAACAAAUGACUGGUGCAGGCAUUUAAAAGUUGAAGAUGCGACUCAUUAUAGGCCUUUGUCAGGGGUUCCUGUUACAAAUGGGCAUCUGCCUUUGAAACCAGCCUUUCCUUCUUAUGAUAUUGGAAAACGGUAUCCCCCAUUUCAUGACAAUGGAACUAAUUCUCUAACUGGAAACAUAAUCAUUGAGAAUGGCAGUCAAUAUUCACAUGAUAUGAGAGGCCUAAAUUCUGGUUCACACUCUAUGUUUCAUGAGACCACCACAUUAGGAAGUGAAGACUUCAAUGUGUUCAACACUGCUUCAGCUGUACAUGGAUUAUCGGGAAUUUCAGACUCUGGUUGUGCUCUCUCUCUUCUGUCAUCUCAGUCACAGAAAUCUUCAAGCCAUUUGUCAGGAAUUCCCAUGGCUAGCCCCCUGGUCAUGCCGGACAGGCAUACCAAUUACAGGCUGGUUCAAGGUUCUGAAAAUCUUAUUGGGGGAUGCUCACAUGCCUCCUCUAGUGGGGUGUCAAAUAAAUUCCCUUCUUCAGGAAUGAAUUCUGGAGCUGGGACUCACCUGGGUCCCAUACUUCUAUGUAAUGGCAGUGAUACUGAUGAUUUUGGAAUCUCAGAUGGGAUUUUCCAAGGAUCAGAUUUUGUGAAUGCCAAAGAUCGUCUGUCCUGCGAAGAUGGGACCACUAUCGACUUGCUUCAGCUUUCCUCACAGCUCCAACGAGUAGAGGAUCAACGGCAAUCCAUGCAGGUGAAGCUCGAAAGUGAUGCUUUCUGCUGCCUCAGAAUCACUUAAGUGAUCUGCAAAUUAGGAAACAAGGUGCAAAAGCAUGUGGCACUUGGGAAUAAAGCUACCAUGGAUCUCCUUGAGAGACAUUGAUAGUAGCAUGCAAGAAGAAGCUAGAAACUUUUAGUAUCCAUUACCGCGCUGCUAACAAGUUUUUAGUAUAGGCAGUCAGAUUUAAGAUCCACUCCCAAAUUAUACAAGUGUUCAAUUAUAUAUGUACUCAAAUAAUCAUCUAACCUCGUAGGUUCUUUUGUUCUCUGCAUUCUCAAGAAACGUCAUUGAUAAGUUCU